ACUGCUCAGAUUGAACAGGGAAGUGGAAAUCAAGGAACUUCAAAGGAUGAGUUUUCAAGAGGUCUUCCAGCAUCUGCAAAUGUGCCACCUACAACUACUUCAAGUUUGUUGCAUUCCAAUUCUGCUCCCCCUUCAAUGGUUGCUCAGAUGGAACCAGGUGUCCCGUCAAGCUCUCAGAUUCCCUCAAACCCUUCUGGGAUUAUUGCAAGGGGUCCUCUGAAGAAGCCUACUGUUGGCCAGAAGAAACCACUUGAAGGACUUGGUUCCUCACCUCCUCCUCCAAGUAAGAAACAGAAAGUAUCUGGGGCUUCUCUGGAACAAAGCAUUGAACAGCUUAAUGAUGUUACGGCUGUUAGUGGAGUUGAUCUUAGGGAGGAGGAGGAACAGUUAUUUUCAGGGUCAAAAGAGGACAGUCGAAUUUCAGAAGCAUCUCGAAGAGCUGUGCAAGAAGAAGAAGACAGACUUAUUUUGCAGAAAGCUCCAUUGCAGAGCAAAUUGAUGGAUAUUAUGGUCAAAUGUGGUUUGAAGGGUGUGAGCAAUGAUGUAGAGAAAUGCUUGUCUCUGUGUGUGGAGGAAAGAAUGCGUGGAUUGAUAAGUAGCCUGAUCAGACUUUCAAAACAGCGAGUGGAUUUUGAGAAGACCAGGCACCGGGUUAUUGUCACCUCAGAUGUUCGGCAACAAAUCAUGUCAAUAAAUAAGAAAGCAAGGGAAGAAUGGGAGAAGAAACAGGCAGAAGCAGAGAAGAUUCGUAAACUUAAUGAAGCAGAGAGUAAUCCUGGGGUUGAUGGGGACAAGGAUAAGGAUGAAAGUCGUAAUAAAUCAACAAAGGUAAAUAAAGAAGAGGAUGACAAGAUGAGGACAAAUGCUGCAAAUGUUGCUGCUCGAGCUGCUGUUGGGGGAGAUGACAUGCUGUCAAAAUGGCAACUCAUGGCGGAGCAAGCUCGUCAAAAACGUGAAGGUGUGGCAGAUGGAUCAUCUAGUUCUCAACCUGCUAAGGAUGUGAGUCGCAAGUCUCCAUCUUCAUCUGGAAGAAGUACAAAGGAUAAUCCAGAUGGGGAGAAAAGAGUUUCAGCAUCUUUUGCAACUUCUGGAAUCGCUCAAAAACCUGGGAGAAAUCAGGCCAUUGCACCUCAAACUCGGGUAAUUCGUAGCAUCUCUGUUAAAGAUGUGAUUGCAGCCCUGGAAAGGGAACCGCAGAUGUCCAAGUCACCACUAAUAUAUAGCUUGUAUGAGAGAAUUCAUUCCGAUGACCUGGCUGAAUAAGAUGAAGGUUUUGCAGAUUUUGGCCUUGCUAAUUCAUUGCAUAAUCUAGAAUCGAAGUUCUGCUCCAGUCGGGCUGAUUUUAGCCGUUCGGCUGGCCUGCUGCCAUUGGGUUAGGUCUUCGGCCUCUUGAAGUUAAUAGCAAACCUGACGUGGGAAAUUAAUUCAAUUAAAGUUAAAUUUUUGUAGAAAUGGUGACAAGUUUGCCUAGCUCUCUGUCCAUAUACAUGCCGACUUUGUAGCCAAGUUCGCCAUUUUGAGCUUGAAAUAUUUUGACCAGACAUUGGGUUUGAGCGAUGUUUGA